AUGAUUUCUGUGAUGAACGGUAUCAAUAAUCCGGCUUCGUUCGGCUUCUCCGGAAGUUUCAUGGACGCUAAACCGUUCUAUCACAAAUUUGCUGCUGCAAACGCCGCUUCCGCAACUGCUGCGGCGGCAACAGCAACAACUUCAGGCAUCCUGUCAGGCACCACAAACGACGAGGACAGGACUAAUACACCGCCGGCACUUUCAUCUAGUUGUGCUUCUGCAGUAGCGUCACAUGUAAUGAGUGGCUUGCCCGGUUCCCAUCAUCCCCAUCACGGUGUUGCUGGACAUUCGCAACAGUAUCCAUACAGUUACGAUUGGGCAACAUCGCAUCAAGCAGCAGCUGCUGCUCAUCUUUCCGCGCAUCAAGCGGCUGCUGUCGCCGCUAAUGUCGCUUCUGUUUCUUCCACUUCAGCAGGUUCCUCCUGUGCGCCAUCAUUAGGUGCUUCUGGCAUACCGUCGCCGAACGCUGUUGCCAAAGCCGCGUUUCUUUCACCGACUACGGCAGCCGGUUUUGAUAUGAUGAAUCCCAUGUACCAGGCAGAUUUUUACGGGUCAAAUUUCCACGCAGCUCAUGCAGCAGCUGUUGCUAGUGGACACACCUGGGCAGCUUACGGUUAUCCACAGCAGUAUCCUUUCGGUGCACAUUCAUAUCCCGGAACAAUGGUUGCUGAUAUGACCGGUUUAGCAGGUUUGACUAAUUGCUAUAACUUUUUAUUGUUUUUCAUCACGUGA